AUGGACCAUGGGCAGGCAGCGCAGCACGUAUUAGAGGCUCAAACGGCACCGAUACUGCAACAACAGCCUACAGAACAACAGCAAGCAGGUUCUAGAGGUGGUAUACACUAUGCAAGGCAACAGCCAAUGCCAAAUGAUUCUGCAUACUGCCCACCGCCCCAGCAAUCAACUACCUUCAUUCCCCAGCCGCAAUUUUCGUGGCCUACGGAGGGAAUUAUCAGUCCACAACAGCUCGCCGCUCGUCACGUAGUCUGCAAAGAACUACUUAAAUUCUCUGGGGAUCCGUUAGAGUGGCCGAUGUUUAUAAGUGCAUUCGAGUCGACAACAGUGAUGUGUGGAAUCCAACCGGACGAAAAUCUUGCAAGAUUGCAAAAAAGCCUGGUAGGGAGCGCCAGAGAAAAGGUUCACAGCAUCCUCACUCUACCAUCCGCGAUUCCGGAAAUACUCCGUACACUUCGAGAUGAGUGUGGUCGUCCUGAGCAACUCGUACAUUGCCUGCUUUCAAAGAUACGAAACGCACCUCUUCCAAAUGUCAACAAGCUAAAAACCUUAGUUACAUUCGGUCGAGAGGUCAAAAACCUCGUAACUUAUAUCGAAGCAGCCAACCUCCAUGACCAUCUAUCGAACCCAAUGCUGCUAACAGAGCUGGUAGGCAAACUUCCACCAAGUCUGCGACUAGAUUGGGGACUGUACAGUCAGCGGAUACCUGAAGCUUUAUUAAAGGUAUUCAGCGAUUACGCUCUGUCUAUCAAAAUGGCUGCCUGCCAAGUUAGUUUUCCGACGGACUCAAGCCUACCAGACUAUAACAUACGACGUGGAUCGAAAAAUGAAAAGGAUGGAUUCCUGAAUGCGCAUGCAGUAACCAGAGAACGCGAUCCAGAACCGGAAACAGAAAACGAAACAAUUUCGUCUAACCUGAUUAAAAAUACAAAACCCUGCCGCGUAUGCCAACGCAACGAACAUAAAAUUCGCAACUGCGACCGGUUUCUAAAGUAUACUAUCCCAGAACGCCUUAAGUUUGUGGAGCAGAACGAUUUGUGUAAGCGAUGUCUAACUGGCCAUGUUUUACUGCAUAGCAACGGAAAAUCAGUACCAACCUUUGCGUUUUUCGACGACGGCUCUGAUUUGACACUGCUAGACAAGGAACUUGCUGAAGAGCUUGGCCUAAAUGGAGUCGAAAGUCCUCUCUGUCUCCAAUGGACCAGCAACGUGACCAGAAAAGAAUCCUGUUCGAAAAAGGUACAGCUAAGCAUCUCAGGGAUUAAUGGAAAAGAAGAAUACGCCCUUCGAGAUGUGCGCACGAUCGAGAGCCUCAACUUGCCAAGGCAAAGCUUAGAUUACCAAGAUCUAGCGAAGCGAUUUCCAUACCUGCAAGGACUUCCAGUUCAAAGCUAUACCGAAGCAGCUCCCGGGAUUUUAAUCGGAGUAGACAAUUCUCGACUAAAGUUACCUCUAAAUAAACGGGAUAGACGAGACAAUGAGCCUGUAGCUAUAAAAACACGACUAGGAUGGACUGUUUUUGGAGGUCGACGAGAAUCCGCUGGAACUGAGCGCGUCAUGGUUCAUGCCUGCAGUUGUAACGGAGAUCGAGAAUUAAGUGAAAUGGUCAAAGAUUUUUUUAUGUUCGAAAAUUUGGGAGUCCAAGUACGUGCACCGCCAGAAUCGGAGGAUGAUUUACGCGCCCGAAAGAUUCUUAGUGAAACAACAAGGCGUACCAAAUCUGGCAGAUUUGAGACAGGUUUACUUUGGAAAAGUGAUAAAAUCGAGUUUCCUAACAGCUACCCGAUGGCAGAGCGUCGGCUACAGUGUUUAGAACGUCGACUUGAAGCAGAUCCGGAAUUUAAGAAAACCGUACAUGAACAGAUCGACGAGUACCAAGCCAGGGGCUAUGCACAUAAAGCGUCGGUGAAUGAGCUGCGCGACUGCGAUCCUCGUCGUGUGUGGUAUCUACCGCUCGGUAUAGUACACAACCCAAGGAAACCCAACAAAAUCCGCGUCGUGUGGGAUGCUGCAGCGCGCUCUGGUGGAACGUCGUUGAAUUUGAAUUUACUAAAAGGUCCGGAUUUAGUGACCCCACUUCUGACCGUUCUGUGUCGCUUCCGUCAAAAACAGUAUGCGAUAACUGGCGACAUUCGACAAAUGUUUCAUCAGCUACUGAUACGGGAAGUUUCAGCGAUUCCUGUGGCGUACUAA